AUGGAGCUCAAGCACCAUGCAUAUUGGGCCAUAAAGAAGUUUGAUUUUGAUCUCAAAGAAGCUGGUACAGUGAGGAAGCUCCAACUUAAUGAGUUGAACGAGCUCAUAAAUGAAUCAUAUGAGAAUGCUAAGAUCUACAAAGAACGAACCAAGCUCUACCAUGACAAAGCUAUUCUUAGGAAAGAGUUUCAACCAGGUAAAUUGAAGUCUACAUGGGUUGGACCUUUCAAAGUGAUUCAAGUAUUUCCGAAUGGAGCUGUGAAGAUAGAAAGCAUCAAGAAUGGCACUCGUUUUAAGGUCAAUGGGUAG